AAAGGAACCAGUGGUGUGGCCUGGCACCACUCCCAUUCACAUUUACUCGGUCCUCUGUCUUGCUUAUAAAAAACGUAGCGAGUAGUUGCGGGCCUUUAGAAUCAUCAGACGCCCACAAUUCGCGACAGGAAAAUUCCGCAACAAUUCCUCACUUAAUUCAUCAAGUUCAAGAGCAGAUUCAACUAUCUCAAGAUGGUUCAGCAAAAGAUGGUGAUGAGGUUGUCGAUGGCAGACGCCAAGAAGCGUGCCAAGGCUCUCCGAACUGCUGUCAGCAUCCAUGGCGUUGUAUCGGUGAAGCUGGAAGACGAUAAGAUUAUAGUGGUGGGAGAUGGAGUCGACUCAGUGAAUCUAACGAAGGUGAUGAGGAAGAAGAUGGGCAGCUACGUGGAGCUCCUCAGCGUGGCAGAGGAGCAGGAAGAGGAGAAAAAGGAAGAAAACACGAAAGUGGAAGCAGUAGUUAGUUGGCCCAAUCAUGUCAGUUUCGUGCCCCAAUAUGUUUACUCCAUUCCGGAGGAGCCAUGGUCCCGAGGAUCAGGUUGCAUCAUACUCUAGAGUUUAAAGGCCGUAGAACCUUAAUUAUAUAUAGUAGUAUAUAUUUGUGGAUCAAUUCAAUUAUACAAUUAUAUAUAGAAUUGCUGAUAUCAGAUGUGGCAGAAUAAUUAAUAUGCUCUUUAAUUGUUUCAUAGAUUUGUUCGGUUGUUACGUGGAAG